AUGGGCAAUCUAGCCACGCCGAUUCUCAACUCCUCCGUCAUGUCCAGCAAGCUCAAAAAUUUCGCGAGGUCGAGGCUUUGGUUCUGCGACGGCAACAUCAUCCUCGUCGCGGCGUCCGUCGCUUUCAAGGUCCAUCGUGGGCAACUCCAGCGUCAUUCCGAAGUAUUCGACGGCCUCUUCAACAUUCCACAACCUCCAGAGCAAGACCUCCUCGAAGGCUGUCCCUGGUUCGAGAUCUACGAUUCGCCCACCGAUGUCUUUCAUUUCCUCACGGCCUUGUACGAUGGACUCUACUUUUCGAUCCCCCACGCCCACGAUUUCCCCAUUAUUGCCUCCGUCCUCCGCUGCUCGACUAAAUACCUGGUGGAACAUCUCCGUCAGCGCUGCAUGGCCCGCCUUGAAGUCGAAUGGCCGACUACACUAGCUGGGUGGGACUCUCGAGAACAGGCAGCAACGGACGCACUUGGCCAUUACGCCCCUCGAACAAGUUGCGCUCAUCCAAUUCUCUUAAUCGACCUCGCUGUGGAACUCAAUCUCCCUUUUCUCCUUCCCGCCGCAAUGUAUGACCUUGCUCGAUAUGGGCCCAGCAAGAUCUAUUCCGGCACAACUGUUCCAGCACUCACGUCCUCCAUCCCCACCACCCUUGAUGCUGACUCGCCACUCUCGACAAUGAACCUUCCUGAAGCAUUCCUCGUCGCAACAUUCCGAGGCCGAGAAGCCGCGCAACACUAUCUCGCCAACUUCGUCUCCACUGAACUCGAAGGACGAUCGCCUGCCGCCGAAUGUUUGUAUCUUACAGAAGACCCACCAAGCCGACGCUGCCGCGAAUCGUUCUACUUUAUCACCCUCAAUGUUUUACGCUCAGUCGGCGGGAUCGCUUGUGGACGCGAUGCAGACCCUCUAUUCACACUUGUGCAAGCUAUGGACAUGCUUUCAAGGACGGACUUUUCGGAUGGGCAGAAGCAGUGUGGGCUCAAGAUGUGUCAUGUGUGCAAACUCGACUUUGCGAAGACUGCGCAGACUGCGAGGGAGGAGGUGUGGCAGCUGUUGCCGAGCUGGUUUGGGCUAGAGGAAAAGAAGGAGAUGACGGUUGACGCGAAGAACUAG